AGACCAAUUGGCCAUCCACCAAGUGACAAUCCCAAAAAAAAACAACAUGUUCAAAUUCGCUGCUAUCUUCUUCGCUGUUGUGGCUGUGGCUGCUGCCAAGCCCGGAAUCGUUGCUCCUCUGGCCUACACCGCCCCCGCUGUGGUCGGCAGUGCCGCUUACGUGGCUCCCUACGCCUCCAGUUACACCGCUCACACGGUAGCCCACAGCGCCGCCUUCCCCGCCGCCUACACCGCUCCCAUUGCCGCUGCCGCCUAUACCGCUCCCAUCGCAACUCCCAUUGCCGCUGCCUACACCGCCCCAGUUGCUGCCGCCUACACCGCUCCGGUAGCCCGACUUGCCGCCCCCUAUGCUGCCGCAUACACCUCCCCCUUGGCCUACAGUGCGCCGUACGUUGCCCGUCCGUACGUUGCCGCCGCUGCCGCUCCCCUUCUGCUGAAGAAGUAAAUCAAUGGACUCUGAACUCAAUGGAAAAUAUUGCUCCAUGUGCUUGAACCAUGGUUUGGCAGUUAUUUUCCUUCACCCCCAGCUUGUGAUUUUUCAUAUGAAUUAAAAAUUUAAAACAAACAAA